GCCUGAUGUCCCUUCAUUCAAAGAAGAAAUGCCACAGUCACACAGGAUGCAGAACUUGAGGCUGAAUGGACAGGUGAUACCAGAUCAACACAAACACCAUUGGCCAUUACAACAGGCUUCAAGGAACCAGUUGGCAUCACUCCAACCGGCGGAAAUACUCCCAGAAGAGAAAACACCUUUUGUGUUGGACUUACAAAGCCUGACAGGCUUAGCCAAUGUGGAUCUGAAUGCCCAGAAUCCAAAUAUACAGGUGACCAUUGAGGUGGUGAAUGAUCCUCAAGCAGAGAUGGAGAUGGACUUGCUGAAGGAGACUAGCAAUGACUGGUCCCUGUCUUCCUCUGACUGGUUAUCUCAUAAGGACCUCUUUUGGCCUCUUUUCUGGGAAUACACAGAUCCCAUAGAGGAUGGUGAUGACAAUUUGAACACAAAGAGCAGGGAUGAAGAGGAGGAGGAGGAGGAGGAGGAGGAGGAGGAAGAGGAAGAUUAUACAUCGGAGUAUGACGAAGAAGAAAUAGUACUGAGUGGAGUGGGGGGAAAUUGGCAUCAGAGGUGGCCUAAUCGAAAGAAUUGGAUCUUAAAAGAGAAAUAUAACUAUGAUUAUGAAGAUGAAGAGGACUGGAGUCCUUGGUCUUCCUGCAGUGUAACCUGUAGCAAUGGCCAUCAGAAGAGGACACGGUCUUGUGGUUAUGCAUGCACAGCCACAGAAUCAAGAACUUGUGAGCUGCAAUACUGUCCUGGAGAAGUUGGGGAAUUGGCUUCUACCACUGAAGAGACACCAUCUGAAGCUGAAAAUGCCACAGAGAUUCUAAAUGCAGAUGUGGAUAGUUGUGAGAAAUGGCUUACUUGCAAGAGUGAUUUCCUCAACAAAUACCUAAGCAAAGUGCUUUCAGACCUACCCAACUGUCCCUGCGCUUACCCUUUAGAAGCUGUUUAUAAUGCUGUAAACUUGCAAGAUGAGCAGAAGGACAAGAACUUCCGAUGGCAGGAUGCCAGUGGGCCAAAGGAGCGAUUGGACAUCUACAAACCCACAGCCCAUUUCUGCUUGCGUUCCAUGCUGUCCCUGGACAGCACCACUCUAGGUGCCCAACACUGUUGCUAUGAUGAGAACACCAAGCUCAUUACCCGAGGCAAGGGAGCAGGAGCGCCCAACCUCAUAAGCACAGAGUUCUCUCCUGAGUUACACUACAAGGUGGACAUGCUGCCUUGGAUCCUCUGCAAAGGGGACUGGAGUCGAUACCAUGCUGUGCGGCCUCCCAAUAAUGGGCAGCAGUGUGCUGUCAACCCUCCAGAGGAUGAAUACCUUUCUCAACUACAGGAGGCCAGAGAAUAUUAAUAUAGCAACCAAAAGGAGGCUGAGGAGAUCAGAACACCUUUCUGUCUCCCGGGCUCAACAACAUAACAUGUAUUGUUUCUUCAACCUCGCCCCAAUAUUUAUGUCAAAGGUCUCUGCAACUUCAGAAUUAUAUGUUAUUUUUUAUCACCUUAGUAACAAGGUAAGUUUAUACGGCAGCUUAAACAAUCUCCUCAGAUGUUCCAGCCCUGACUUCUCUAUUAGAACCUCUGAUUUGUUUUCUGUCUUUUCUCAACACUCAGAAGUUAUCCCAAACUGACUGGCUUUCAGGGGUGUUUUAGACGCCUAGCAAUCUGUCUGGAGGGAUUUGGGGAAAGAGAAGAGCCCAUGAUUUUAAGAGGCUAUCUUGAUUAAUUUGCUAUUUUGUUUGCCAUGUCUUACAAUGCAGGUUGUGAAUUCCUUUUGCAUAAAUCUGAUGGGUGCUCAUAGUGAAUAACAUUCCAGAAAUAAAUUAAUAUCCCCAAAUUAUGAAUUUAGGUAACUUUGUCAGAGUCUUUGUAGAGAGAAAGAGUGUGGAUAUACUCUUACAUAAUUUUGGCACAGUCCUAGGAAAGAAAACAGAAUAUGCCAUCUUAUAUGUUACAUUCCAUACAUUUAAGGAAAAACUGGAAGAUGAGGUGGAGAUGUUAGAAGGUUAGGAAUGCAAGUUCCAUGACGGAUAUGAAACAUACUCUUACUAAGUGGAGAUGAGGCUAACCUGCAUCCAAGGCUCAUGGAACAAACCAAAUCCAAUUUCUAUCUAGCUGAAUAGAUAACAUUUUGGAUUGUGUAAUCCUCACUCUCCCCAGCCCUCCUCCGAAGGUAUAUGUGAAAGAAUCCAGCUGCCUGAGAAAGUGCAUAUAACAUUACUCCAGCUUUCCCUACCAAACGUGUGUCUCUCCAUAUUUUCUGUCUAUUGGGACAAAAGCUGGGAACUCUUGAGUAAUGUAUUCUUAACUUUUCUACGAAACAUUAGAUUAGGAAAGUCUUUCCUACACUAUGUCCUUGAACACCUCUCAGGGUGAUGGAAGGGAAGACUGUACUUCAAGACCAACAUGUUCCUGCUGGCACAGUUUUGUGGUUGUGCUGGGCAGAUGGUCCUUGGCAAAAUCUGUAUCUAUGCUUACGCAUUUUGUACUGAAUCCUGUCAGCUACUAAUCCAGUCAAAUCUCUUUACUGCUGCUGCUAACAGCGUAUGAUAACACUACCUCAGCAGAAGUCACCAUUCUGCAUACAGAGUCCUGACCCAAUUUCUCCUGGAAGUGCCUGAUAUCCCAUAAGCCAUUGUACCAAGAGAGGUUUCUGGUCUCUCUCACAGCUGCAACUGAAAGGGCCACACAGUCAUAAAACCCAGCAACUGGAUAGGAAGAGAACUCCUAAAAUAUGUUGGUAAUCCAACUGAAGCUCAGCUGACCACCAGCUUCCAAAAAUCUCCUCCAUGUCCCCUGGAAGGCCUGUCUGUGGCGACUUGGGCUGCAAUGUUAGGGAAAACACUACUUUCAUGCCAUAAUACUGUAAACUGGCUUCAGUUGCCUCAGCAGAAGGCUAAUAAUGAGAUGGUUACGUUGUGAAAUUAUGUUCAGUAACAGUUAACAAAUCAUUUUUAUGCCACUGCAAGUAGGGCAUACUGCUGAGGUCUUCCUAACAUAAACAACUUUUUCCUCAAUUUAAGACAGAUAGAAAUGAGGUAUAAAGGAAAGGGAGAGAAAAAGAAGCAAAGGAAAAGUGACAAUGCUCCAAAGCUGCACUUAUUCCAAAAUAAUUGCUACCUGUUCUGGCUCCUGUUCCUGCUGCCACCCUCUGUGCUGGCAAUGCUUCUCUCUACCACACUCCCAUGGCAUCUGCUCAGCCAGUUCUUGCCCAACAUUCUGAUGUUCCCACAGCCUUUGCAGAAAAUAAGCUGCCAGAGAAAAGGCAUCCAAAAUCUAACUACCAGGUCAGUCCAACCUAUGAGAAGUUAAAUAUACUUGUGGAAAGAAGGAAGCCAGCCUUUUUGGGGGGGGAGGGAGAAAUGAAACAGAAAAAGACCCAGAUUCUCUAGCUGCAAUAAAAACCCCAAGAGUAUUAAAACAAUCCAGAAAGUCAGAGAAACACAUACAAGUAACUCAAAUUACAUUCCUGUCAUGAACACACAGCUGUGUUUGUCUGACUCAUGACCUAUCUCCAUCACCUAAGCCAGAUGGGAUACCAGAACAUAUAAACUGCACUGUUGGGCACAUUGCUUAUUUGUAUUGGGGAAAGAACUUUAGGGUAAGAAUCUCUGCUGGGUUUUUCUCCUUAUUUGGAAUAAUGGUUGGUUGUAAAUGCUAAAAAGUGGAGCGACUGUAAGCAGGCUUCACCUGUCUGUGUAUGUCUUUAGCCUUUGCAGCAGGGGUGAAAUGCUACUGGUUUGGACCAGUUCACCUGAAGUGGUAGUAAAAC